ACUUUUUAAAGAGACAGCAACACUUCUGAGUUCUGAGUUCUGAGUUCUGAGUUCUGAGUUCUGAGUUCUGAGUUCUGAGUUCUGAUUUGUUUGCAUUCCACGUUACUCUCUCUCUCUCUCUUUUGCUUCUCUACAUUAUUGAAGCGGUGAUCACCGAAACGCUACUCUUUCUGGCGUUUUGGUUGGCGGUGAAGUUUUUUGUGUGGUUACUAUCCAUGGGUAGCUCCGGCGGAACCUGGGUUUCCGAUCAGUGACGUGUGUGAAGUGAAGAUGUUUCGUUCUGCAAGAUGGAGGAGUGACAAGAACAGAGUCAAUGUUGUUUUCAAGCUGCAUUUUCAUGCCACCAAGGUGUUACAAUCUGGGGUGGAUGCAUUGGUGCUGUCUAUAGUUCCAGGGGACAUUGGAAAGCCAACAAGGAGAUUAGAGAAAGCUACCGUUCGAGAUGGACAUUGUAGAUGGGAGAAUCCGGUACACGAAACAGUCAGAUUUAUUCAGGACCCUAAAACUGGGAAAAUCAGUGACAAGAUUUAUAAGUUUUUGGUCUCAACGGGGUUAUCAAAAAAUAGCUGCAUUGGGGAGGUUUCUGUUAACUUUGCUGAUUAUGUCGAUGCUACAAAGCCCCUAAGUCUCUCUCUUCCCAUCAGGAAUUCUCAUUGUGAUGCUGCUGUUUUGCAUGUAUUGAUCCAGAGGCUCCAAGAUAAUAGUGAUCAGAGAGAGGAAGAUGAAUGUGAAGAUGCCAAACUAAAAUCUGAUGAUAGGAGCUUAAGAAACCGAUUAAGCAAUGGCCAUAUAGAUGAAAGCAUUAAAAGUUAUUCUUCUGAAGAUGUCUCUGCAAAAGCAAACAUCAAUAGGACAUCUAGUGGAUCUGAUACUACAUUGUCAAGUUCUGAUGACAGUUCUGGGCUUGAUAGUCCCCACGAAAUCGGUAUAGGAAAAACAAACAUCCACUCUACAACAAAUCAGUUUGUUCGCCAAACAUCAGAACCUCAAAACCAAGCUGUCAAUGCCUCAACAUCAAUGCAUGAUGAUGUACAUCAGAGAUCACACUGGGGCUGGUCAGCUGAGUCAGAUCAUGGUUUAAGUACAGGGGAUUCAACCAAUGUUUCUCCUGAUUCACUCCCAAAGAAAAUGUCCCAACAGGAACCUCCUUCAGAAAUUGAGAGAGUCAAGGCUGAAUUUGCUGCUUUGGCAAGGCAUGUGGAUGUGUCAGACCUGGAACUACAGACCCUCAGGAAGCAGAUUGUAAAGGAGAGCAAAAGAGGGCAGGAGCUCGCAAAGGAAGUCAUUAUCUUGAAAGAGGAAAGGGAUGCACUCAGGAUAGAAUGUGACAAUCUCAGGUCUUUCCACAAGCGCAAGGGCGAGGCGGCCACAGUGAGAAGCAGGUCACAAUUGGAAAGCGGAGAUCUUCGAACUUAUGUUGAUGAAAUUAGACAAGAAUUGAAUUAUGAGAAGGAUCUGAACGCAAACCUGCGCUUACAGUUAAAGAAGAUGCAAGAAUCAAAUGCUGAACUAGUUCUUGCUGUGCAGGACCUUGAUGAAAUGUUGGAGCAGAAAAAUCAGGAAAACAAUGCAGUUUUAGGGGCCAACCUCUCUAAAUGUGAACUAGAUGACGAUCCAGAACAGAAAACAUUUGACGAGCUUGUUAAGGAGCGCACUGAUGCCAAGGAAACACACUUACUUGAAAGGAAAAUCAUAGAUCUCUAUGGUGAAAUAGAAAUGUAUCGCAGAGACAAAGAGGAGUUAGAGAUGCAGAUGGAGCAGCUUGCACUGGACUAUGAGAUAUUGAAACAGGAAAAUCAUGGCAUUGCGCAUAAGCUGGAGCAGAGCCAAAUGCAGGAACAGUUGAAAAUGCAUUAUGAAUGUUCAUCUCCUGUUGACAUGAAUGGCAUCGAAACGCACAUUGCGAAUCUGGAAAAUCAACUCAAGGAACAGUCAGAUGAGUUCUCAAAUUCUCUCGCUACCAUUAAGGAGCUUCAAACUCAUAUCAGAAGAUUAGAGGAAGAUCUGGAGAAACAAGCAAAAGGGUUUGCAGCUGAUAUUGAAGCUGUCACACGUGACAAGGUUGAGCAAGAGCAAAGAGCCAUCCAAGCCGAGGAAGCUUUGCGAAAGACCAGACUAAAAAAUGCUGCUACUGCUGAGAGGCUUCAAGAGGAGUUUCAAAGGCUCUCAAUGCAACUAACCUCUACAUUUGAUGAAAAUGAGAAGGCUGCCAUGAGAGCAAUGAAAGAAGCAAGUGAACUGCGUGCGCAGAAAAGUGUACUGGAAGAAAUGCUGAAUAAAGUUAGAGAAGAGCACCAGUCAACUAAAGCUGAUUAUGAGGUAAAACUGAAUGAGCUUUCCAACCAAAUAGAUUCAAUGACAGUUCAGAUACAACAGAUGUUAUUAGAAAUUGAGGACAAGUCCAAGCAGCUUGAAAAUCAGAAGGAACAUGGAGAACAAGCUAGUAGGGAUUUGUCUGAGGAGAUAGGGAUGCUAACUGCAGAAAAUGAAAAGCUUAGAGUGGAGAUUUCACGCUUAUGUGAAGAAGUUGAAGGAAAAGAAAAUUUCAGAACUGACUUGGAACUUAUGAAGAAAACAAUUGAGGAAUCUGAGGAACUGUUACAAAGAGGAACUGUGGAAAGAAAUGAACUCUUGAGUACAAUUGCAUUAUUGAAGAAGGAAGCAGAGGAUUCACUUAGUGAGCUAAAUCGGAUGAAGCAUCUUAAGGAUGAAAAAGAUGUUGAGGCUGGACUCUUGCAGUCAGAGUUGGAAUCCCUUAAAGCUCAAUACAGUGAUUUGAAACACACUCUUUUUGAGGAUGAGGCUGAGAAAGAAAAACUCAGAAAGCAAGUUUUCCAGCUAAAGGGUGAACUAAAGAAGAAGGACGAUGCAUUAAUCAGCAUUGAGAAGAGGUUCAGGGAUAGUAAUGGGCGCACACAAGUUAGUGAUGGAACUAAAACCAUUCCAAAGAACAAAAAGCCUGCUUUAAGUCCUCCUCAACAUUCAAAAGAAAUGGCAAGUCUGAGGGAGAAAAUAAAAACGCUUGAGGGCAAGAUACAGUCAAAAGACAGUGCUUUGGAAACUUCAACAACUUCAUUUCUGGAGAAGGAAAAGGAAUUCCAGACAAAAAUUAUGGAGCUGGAGAGCAAAGUGGAGGAAUUAAAUCAGAGUAUUUCUUUGCAGAAGGUUGCUCAGGAUAGAAUUACUGUUACAAAUGAGAUAUCUAGAGAAAUAAGUAAUGGUGAGCAUCUCGAAGAUGGUGCAUGUGGAUCUGAAGAAAGAGGAGCUGCAUUGUUACUCAAUAGUAAUGUGAACUUGCCAGAGCAGGAAGCUGGAACCUCCAUAAUGGAUACUGAAGACAGCAAUCUUACUGACAUAUUAACCGAGUUAUCGUCACUGAAGGAAAGAAACAACUCAAUGGAAAGCGAACUUAAAGAGAUGCAGGAGAGAUACUCAGAAAUAAGCCUCAAAUUUGCUGAGGUAGAAGGUGAAAGACAAAUGCUUGUUAUGACUGUACGAAACCUCAAGAGUGUCCAGAAGUGCUAAUAGUUUCCACUUGAUACAUUGGAAGCAGUGGAACACAUUUUAAAAUGAAUAAAUUAAUGUGCAUAAUAGUACAAUUCUUGUAUUUUCUUUUCCUUCUCCAAGCCUUGAAUUUUUUCUUCCAAAUGCUAAAUGCUAUCCUGAUAGUUUGUAAUGUAGAAGUGUUAUUUCGUCACUAAUGGUGUUCUUUGGCUAUAAUUAAUGUUCUGCAUAAACUAAAAAACUGAGAAGUUUUAUUUAUUUAUUUGCACAUAUGUACUUUCGCUUUGUUGUAUCUAGAUAUAUAAUACAAAUGAUCAGUUCUUUUAUUGGUGUAA